AUGGAGAAUUCAAAAUUCGAAACCCUAAAACCCUCUCAAACCCCUUUCUUCCCUUUCCCUCCACAUAGUCGGACACUUCUCAGGAGUGAAACCUAUCGUACACUCGGUCGCAUACUGUCCCAUUGCCAUGACGAGUCUCAACGGUCUCGCGCCCUCCAAACUGUUCCACACGAGCCAAAACAAGAUUAUGGUGGCAAUCAACGGAAUGAAUUGGUUUGUACUAAACACACGGGGAGGAAUAUGUUAUUUCAGAAAGAAUCAGAAGAGAAUAAAGAAGCUCACAUGAGCUAUUUGGGGGGCAGGAAUCAGAGUAUUAAUGGUAUAGUUGGGUUGUUGAUCAGUGACCAAGAAGUUCAUUUUGAUGUCCCAGAAUUUCAUAUGGAAGAAUCUGGGCUUAGGGAGAAACUAGAAGUAGAUGAGGAACUCUGUAUUCGUGAGGCUAUUGACUCGUGUUUUGGUAUAGAUAUGACUACCGAAACCACAAAACCCAUGGAGAAUAAUGAAGAAAAAAAAUCUAUUGUUGAGAAACAUUUGUCAGAACAAAUUGAGCAGGAGUUGCGGCAGACAGAGAUGAAAUUGGAGAAAUUGAUAUCUUCUUCUGGUUCGAUGAAUUCUUCUUUGUGUGUAACUGCAGAUGAAGACAUUGAAGAAGGGGAAAUUUUGGGGGGUAUUGGGAUUUAUGAUGAGUCAAUGGAUUUGUUACACGAAGAUGCUGUAUCCUUUAAGGAUAAGAGGGCAGAAGAGGUGCAAGUUGCUAAAGCCAUCAUGGAUGGGUCGUCUCAUGAUGAACAAGAUAGGGGACUUGAGAGAGAUGCUGAGUCCACUUUUGUACUUGGCAACACUGGGAACAAUGCAACUAAUAUUAGGGAGUUGGAACUCAGAGACAGCAUCAGAAAGGAGGUGGAGGAUGAAUCUGUAAUAUUCCGUGAGAAAAUUAAAGAAGCCAAACAUGCAAACUGGUAUGAGAGUAUGCUAGAGAUAGGGAAACUUAGAAGACAAAGUGGUGGAGUCAAGGAGUCUGACAGUCCCGCUGCUUGUCUUACAAAUCUGGUAUUGCAUUGCAAAACCUCAGAGGAAAGUGACACUGAAAUUCAAAACACUAGUUCUGCUGAAAAGGAUGAAGGUGUCCAUGAUAGGAAAAGAAAGCGGGUUCUGACCAAGGAAAGAAGAGCGAAAAAAGGGGUGUGCAUGUCCUUCUUUUGAUAUAACAUUUUUGCAUGUUUUUCUCUUUUUAAAUAUAUGUUUACUUAUUUCUCUAUGGGUUCAAAGAGGUGGCAGUCUGAAUAUAUGGUCUAGAACUGCAAUCCUGCAUUCUGUGGUGACUGGGUAUUGUGUAUUUAUUUUACUUAUUCACCACCAUGCCCUUGUGCAGCAAAAAGAAAGAAUUAAACGAGCAGAGAGGAACAGAAAGCUUGGUGUUAAGAGGUUAAAACUGCAG